AUGGAGAGCAAGCUGUUGCCCCUGCAGCAGGCUCCCACUCUCCAAGCAGCUGAUGAAUCCAAAGGUAUGGCACCAGCUGUGUUCCAGGAGUUGCCAGCCCGUGCUGUACAGAAACACGCUCACUCUGAACACAGCCAGUCGCCGGGUGACUUCCUAUCAAGCUCACACAGGGAGCCUUUCCUAAAGGUUGGGGCGAACGUACUGUUUGCUGACGGGGAGCCGGUUGCCAUGAGCAACAUCACCUGCAACAUCACCUACAGCCACUCCAGUAUCCCUCUCACCACCGUCUACAGCCUGGUGAUGGCCUUUGGCUUCCCAGCCAACCUGCUGACCCUGAUCCUGAGCACACUGAAGAUCCGACGGAAGAACAUACUCUCCGUGUACCUCUUCACCCUCUCGCUCUCGGACCUGGCUUACCUCUGCACCAUCCCAAACUGGAUCACCUAUGUCCAGAACUUGAACAAGUGGCACCAGAGCCAGUUGUCCUGCAAGAUUACCGGCUACAUAUUCUUCAACAACCUCUACAUCAGUAUCCUCCUGCUCUGUUGCAUUUCUGUCGACCGCUGCCUCGUGGUUCUCUACCCUAUCGAGGCCCGGUGGCGCCGGCGCCGACGGACGGCCGUGUUAGUCUGUGUCAUCGUCUGGUUGAUGGUCAUGGCCAUCCACACCCCUGUCUUCGUUCUGUCCGGUGUGCAGAGUAACCAGAAGAAGAAUGACUCCUGCUUCGAGACAUUUCCUAUGCCACCCCUGGUAGCGAAGUUCAAUUAUGCCCGCUUUUGCGUGGGGUUCUGUAUUCCCCUCUGUAUCUUGGUCUGGAGCAACGUCCUCAUCUUCCGCCGCAUCCAGUCCAGCCCCUGCCUCAACCUGGCUCAGAAAGCCAAGGUGAAGUACCUCGCCUUGGCCGUGAUCCUGAUCUUCUUCAUCUGCUUCACCCCCUACCAUAUUAUCCUCCUGAGCCGGGCCGUAGCGUACUCCAUGUAUCCAAACAACAGCUGCUGGUUUGAGCAGAAGAUCUACACAGCAUCCACGGUGUUCCUCUGCCUCUGCACGGUCAACAGUGCCAUCAACCCCUUCCUCUACAUGUUCUCCUCUGAGAGUGUGAGGCAGGAGCUGAGGCGGGACCUCCGCAUCCUCGUCUGCCUUCCCGUCCCGCAGGAAAGUGGGACUGACAGCUACACCUUCAGGAACGGCCCAAGCUCUCGGGUCUCCAUCUCUCGGAGGGAGGAGGUGACCAGCUUGAACUGAACAGCUUGGGGUCCUCAGGCACACGGAACAUUGGUGGACUCCACCUGCGUCUCAGCUGGCCAGCUUUUUCCAGUGGACCAGAGUCUUGCCAGACGCCAGGGAAGAUUUCCGCAGAGAUUUCAAUCACCAGGCAUCCUGAGAUCCAGCUGAGACAUGGUAGAUGCCAAGAUCUGGCCUGAGAAUGGAAGGGCAGCAGACAUGGGCACACCUCCAGGAGACAGUUAUCCUUGCUGGAAACUGGGUU